UCUCAAGGUAAUUCCUCAGAAUAUGCAAGUUUCUGCACACCCAUACUGAACACCCGGUUUAGUAUUGCAUUGCACACAGAAAUAAGCAUUUAAAUGUAUUGAAUUUCUUUUAGUAAUGGACCCAGCUCUAAAUGAAAUCGUUGUUUUAUUUUUGGUUGCAGAUUGUGCUCCCUGAGCACAGUGAGCCGGAAUUGGCUGGUUUGUGGGCAGCGUCGGGCUGGCUCCGCCCCCCGGCAGCAGCGUGCGAUCCCAGCCGACGCCCCCCGUCCUGCGCGUCGGAGCCCAUGCCCCCAGCGCCCCGCCGCCUUCCAACGCCAUGUGCCUUUCGCAAACCAUGGAAGUGGGGAAGCAAGGCAAGAGCCAUGGCCCAGCCAGGGACGGCGGGGUGCUGCUGGAGCCCUUCGUGCACCAGGUGGGCGGCCACACCAGCAUGAUGCGCUACGACGACCACACUGUCUGCAAGCCUCUCAUCUCCCGCGAGGAGCGCUUCUACGAGUCCCUGCCCCCAGAGAUGAAGGAGUUUAGCCCGGAGUACAAAGGUAUGUAAACAGGGCUUGAAACUCGCACGAGCCCUGCUGCACACAGUCCUGGGUUUCAGAACUAUACCAAUGAAAUUACCAGGCACCCAGUCUUCUGAAUUGACUGAUCGCAGUUCUCUCCACAGCAUGAAU